AUGCAUUCAAAAGGGCAGAAAAGUGAGUCUGAACCAACAAUCACAAACGAAAAUGAAGCGUUGGCGUCUCCAACACUGGAGAUGGGAUCCCUCAAGACGUGCGAUCACCGUAACAUAAUGCCCCUCCAUUCCAAACAGAGAGUGCCAAUUUUCCGACUAAAACAAAUGAUACCUAUUCAGGAAAACGUUAUUUACGGACCACAUAUCAUCCCGGAGGAUAGUGAUGACAAAGCCGAGAGCGACAUCACGGUCCCUGUACGAGCACUCUCUCCUUGCGACUGUACGCGACGUUCGCUGAGAGUACGAAGUACUAAUCCGUCAUUUGUUGAUGGAUGUGAGGAUGAAUUGGAUGAAUGCCUACUUAAUUUAGGAGGCGUGAGAAAAUGCCAAAAGAAUAAGAGGCUCAAGUGUGCCUACAAAAACCAGUUCACGUGUAGAAAAACAAAACAUGUUCGGAAACGUAUUCGUUCGACAGCUAUUCAAGUAGGUCUGGAGAAAAAUUCCAAAUUGUCAGUGUCGGAGGGACGGAGUGUUAUUCGUACGAAUGGAAUGCAAGAUAACUCUAUUUUCCUUAAAGUGAGACGUAAAUAUUCGCGUUCUGGAUCUUCCACCGCAACGCACAGAUCGCCAUCCCCCACAGUAAAGCAAUUAACAGACCGUUUCCACGGUUUUUCACGUGAGAUCGUCAUUGUGAGGACUGAUGAUGAGGAGAUACCUUCUGAGCAAACCCACAGAGGAAAAAGCGAAACGACUGCGAGUAUACAACUUAUGCCACUCGUAUGUUCUGAAAACGCAUCUUGUGUUGCACCUCACCGGAAGGAUGACUCAGCGUUGUCUGUUCGUCGUGUUGGUGUCAGUGCAACGGGUCUGCCGUCUAACCUUUUACCUCAAGAGCACCCAAUUGUUUGUGAUCGAUCCCAAAUUCAGGCCUCUAUGGGUCGGAUGUUUGAGAGGUCAGAACCGAAAAUCUCCAAGUUCUCUCGACAGUCAUCUGAGCACCUUUCUGCCUCGUUUGAUGGUGAUUCAAUCUAUCACCUAUUAAAGAUGCACCCCGUAGAGACUGAUCGACCUGCUUUCGAUAAUACACGGAAAACCUUCAAAAAAGCGCUGCUGGGUUACGAAGACAGUGGGGGUGAAAACAAACACGAGCCAGUUUUUGAUUCUACUGUGCUGUUACCUACAACUACUUGCGCAUCGACCCACCCGUCAAAUCAGAAUUUGGACAGCAGCCUUCUGCGUCACCGUCGUCUUCUGGAGCAGUUGAGGACAGAUCCGCAAACAAUCCAAGGACUCAGACAUGAAGUUGAAAGGAUUCUAAAUGAACACUUGGUCGAAAGAAAUAUAAACAUUGAUCAAACACGCCUAUCAACAUCUAAAUUCAACGAAUACUUAGGUGCAUUAAACCGAGAUCGUGUACAUUUGUGCCGCAAACACCUAAACUUUAUGAAAACUCGAGAAGCAUUAGCACAGCAUGUUGACAGACUGGCACGUGCAGCUCUCAGUGGAAGAUCGGGUGACAGAAUGGCCAGUUCCAUAUUCUGUGCGGGAUCACAGCAAAGUGUGAAAGGUCGGUCGUUAAGUCGAUCACGUCUUCCUCCAUCAGGUGUUUACAGCCUGGGCUGCGUGCACCAAUCCAGUGUCCCCCAUUCAACGCAACAACACACAAAUAUUCAUUCAAGGGUCGGUCAGUCACUGCCGACUCUCACAGGUCCAGAGCAAGAGGUCCAGCAUUUUGGAAUCUCACCCUUCCGAUCGACUGGCUCAAUCGGGCUAACCCAACACCGUCCUCAAACGCGACGUUAUGAUCCACAGAUUGAUACAAGCUCUGAUACAAGAGCUGACCAUCAGUCACUUAGUUCACGAGGUUCCUCUGACCGCCCCGGGCGGAGCAGUAGACAUUCUCGAUUCGCGGCCACUGCUCAACAUUCAGCGUCACAUCAUCACUCUGGGGGUUCUACAAGCACAUUUUCACCCCGUACAAGUCUAGCAACUUAUUUUAGUCAUGAUAGACGUGUCGUCACUUUUGGUCCGGGACGUUCGGAUGGAAAAAACAUUACUGACACCAGCAAUGAUAAUUGGAAUUCAAGCAAGGAGGACCUUCAAAAUCCAGUCGGUAGAGUGGAAAGAAAAUUACCCAUACCGGACGAAAGAACCAAGGGCAUCGGAGAUAACAAUGAGCAUGAUAAUGAUAUACGAGUUAUCUCACAAUCUCGUCCUUGGCAGAGCAACACAAAUGCUCACUUCACGGUUCCGUCUGCUGGCGGGAGUACACCGGGCAAGAUGAAGAAGAUGUGUUCAGUGUGUCUUCAAUCAAUGGCAAUGGAAACGACCAAAAUAGUUUGGAAUUCAACCAUGAAACGCCUCACAAGCAAGAUGCUGAUUUAUUUGGCGCCUGUUGUUCGAUCGAUCAAAGCGUUAUUGAAGCACACGCGCAGUCAGCUGCCUUGGGACCUAGACCUACAACAAGAUUCGGAUCUACUGAUCGACAGGCACCUUAAUUCUUCAUUUCGGAGUUUGAACUACAUCGGCCUGUGUGAUGCAAAUUCACCGAGCAAGUUUUCCGAAAGCCAAAUUCCACCUUUGGAGAGAUUCAAUGCAAAAUGAGCUCUCCACGAGAAUACUUCGGACGCUUAACUUGACAAAAACACUUGCACGGCAUGUUCCCAACUUUCGUUAUUGUACAUUGGCAUCCAUCUUUCGCACCAUUAGUUUUUGGGACCAGAUACGCUUUUUUGGCGUUUAUUUUUUAGUGUUAGCCAGAUUGAUUAUUGUGCCGAGACUCCACUCUCACAUGGUAUGGUACUGAUAACCAACACUGGUUGUGAUGCAGUUUUUACAUAGUUCGUACAUAAAAAACCCGUUGUUGUAUGAUUUGCACUCAAUUUGCAAUGAGAGCCCUAAGGUU